UCGUUUGAUUCUUUUAUUUUCCCCAAAAACUCACCGACUGAAAAAUUAAUUUUUUGAAAAUACUUUUUAUCAUUUCAAAAAAUGUCUAAAUUACCACCUGCAUUAGCAGCACGUUUAGCUAAACGUGGUCUAUUGGAAAAACCAUUACCAUCGACAAUUGAACAUGAAGAAGUUAUUGCCGAAGAUUAUGAUGAAACACCUAAACAAGAAUUUAUUCAAUUGAAAACUAUAGAUACGGUUAUUGGUUGUCCAAAUAAAUAUAAUAUUUAUCAUAAUUGUACAAGUUUUUGUGCAAAAAAAUAUGCCGAUGUACGAAUCGAACCGAAUAAACGUAUUCGUAAAAUAUUUGCUAAACUUUUGAAAAAAUAUCCAUUAAAAGAUUCAGUAUGGGAACAAGUUUAUGAACCAGGAUUACAAACAUUUUAUUUUUGGAAUACAGAAACUGAUCAGGUUUCUUGGUUACCACCAAAUCAUCCAGAUGCAAAAAUAUCAAUAUCAGCAGAAAAACUUCGUCGAUUAGUACGAGAUGAUCAUAAUGAUGAUGAAAAUGAAAGUAGUGAUGAAAAAGAAUCAACCAAAAAUGAUUCAAACGACGAUGAAAAUGAUGACGACGACGACGACGAUGAUGAUGAUAGUGAUAAUGAUAAUUCUGAUGAUGAAGAUGAAGACAAUGAUUCAGAUGAACCUAAACCAACUGAAGUAAAAAAAUUACGUCGGAUGGUUGAAAAUCGAAAUCGAUUAGAUCCAAUGGAUCCAGCUUCAUAUUCAGAUAUUCCACGUGGUAAAUGGUCAGAUGGAUUAAGGUAAAAUUCUUGGAUAGAAUUUUAUUUAUUCGAAUUCUCCUAAAAUCGAAUCGUAUACCAUUUUGACACUGACAUCUAUGGCCAAUGUUUAUCACUAAAAAUGUGGGCG